AGUGGGUAUUCAAAAAUUCACUUCCUAAAAGGUCAACAUCAGUUCUUCUGUUCUCAGAUUUUGAGACGUCGUCGUCGACUGCAGACAAAAUUGUUAAACUUAUAAAAGAUAAUCAAAAAAAACAUGAUAAUCAAAAAGAAACACAUGAUUUAAGAAUAUUUUCAAUGGUAAUGAGUAAUAUUGUUUCAAAUCAUUUAGCUGAAUCCAUUGCUCGAGUUGGUAAGAGAUAUACACAAUACGUGUCCGACUUAGAACAAAUAAACAGAAAAGCUUUGGCCAUGCUUAAGAAUUCAUUAAAUCCGCCUACUUUAGAUUAUGAAAUUACAUGUACCCUUGAGUCUAAUGAAGAAUCUCAGAAUAAUGACCUUAAAGUUAAACAAGUUCCGUUGGAAAUUCCAGAACUUUAUAUUGGCCCUUUAAUUGUUCAAGAUCCUUUAUACGGAUCAAAAUUUCACCCACUUGCGGCCAGAAAACUUAUUCAAGAAAUUGAAGAUGGAAAUUAUUAUCUAACCAUGCAAAUGAUAAAGAGUUUAUUCGUAAAAAAAUUGUGGAUCUGGCAAAAUCUUAUAACCUUAGUUCCAAAUAUACUAGCUUCAUUGCAGUUGAAACGCCAAUUAAAAGGUUUCAAAGCAUUCAUGGUCAUUGAAGAAUUAGUCUCCUAA